AUGGAGAGACCCCAGAGGGGGCGGGGCCGGAAACUGAGCCAAGACCAGUCAGAGCUCUGGGCCCGCCCCAUCCCCGGGCCCCGCCCUCUCCCCUCUCCCCUCCCACUCCAUCCUCCCCUGGUCCCGCCCCAUCUCCUUGGCCCCGCCCCACGGUCAGUGGUUCAGGCCCAGCCCCGCCUUGGGCGCAGCCAAUUGGAAUCAGCGGCGGACCCCACGUGUGCCUCGCCCCGCCCUUCUGCCGAGUACACAGGAAGCGGCCUUCCCUGGGAACUCCCGCAGCGGUCCCUCCCCUCGGCCUUGUCCCAGGCCUUGGAGGAGGUUACGGUACCCUCUUCCCUCUGGGUCUGCUUGCGCAGGCGCAGUUUCACCGGAGACCAACUGGCCGGGGAGAGAGAGGUUGUGUUAGGUGAGCUGUGGGGGCGGGGCCUGCUGGGUCCGAGAGAACGUGGGAGGGGAGAGGAGCCCGAGCGGAGGCUGGCUGGGCGGGACUCCCCCUUCCUGUCCCGCGUGGAGCAGAGCUCAGUCUGGCCUCUGUGCUUGCAGGUCCCAGACCAGCCUGCUGCCCAGGAAGAUAAGGGAAGGACCUCUGCCCCUCUGGGAUCCUUCAGCCUCCCCAGCUCAGCCUGCAGAGGACCAAAGCCUGACCCAGCAGGGAGCCCAGAGCCAGAGGGAAUGGCCCCUGGGAGCCGCAGACCCCCAGCCCAGGAGCUGGUGACAUUCCAGGAUGUGGCUGUGGACUUCACCCAGGAGGAGUGGGGCCUCUUGGACCCUCCUCAGAAGGACUUGUACAAGGAGGUCAUGCUGGAGAAUGCCCAAAACCUGCUCUCCCUGGGGCUGCCAGUUCCCAGAGAAGAUUUGAUCUCUUAUUUGGAGGAAAGAAAAGCACCUUGGCUGCUGGAGCGAGAAGGCCUGAGGAGCUGCUGUCCAGAAGGAGAGAUUAGACCGGAAAUGAAAGAGACUACUGCAAAGCUAAGCAUUUCUGUGAAAGAGACUCAUGAGGAAAGUUCCAUGAGGGAUUGUGCCUAUGACUUCACUGGGAGACAAAUCUGUGCUGUAUUUCACAGAAUCCACACAGGAGAAAAACCUUAUGAUUCUCAUCAUUGUGGGAAAGACUUGAGUCAACAGUCAUCUGUUAUUUACCAUCAAAAAAUUCAUACUAGAGAGAAACCACAUGAGUGUCAUGAAUGUGGUAAAGCUUUUAGUGAACACUCCUCCUUCAUUAUGUGUCCAAGAAUUCAUAGUGACAGGAAACCUUGUGAACGUGAGCAAUGUGAAAAGGCUUUCAGACUGAACUUAAAACUUGCUCAACAUCAGAAAACCCACACUGGAGAGAAACCUUAUGAAUGUGAUCAGUGUGGAAAGGCAUUCAGACAGAGGACCAGUCUUACUUCACAUCAGAGAAUCCACAUAAGACAGAAGCCUUAUGAAUGUAAUCAAUGUGGAAAGGCUUUCAGACUGAACGCCAAACUUGUUGAACAUCAGAGAAUCCACACUGCUCAGGGCCUUAAAGCUGACUUUCACUGGGCUUCAGGGCUUAGAUGCUUAUUUCCACUAGAGGACAGGUCUCCCUUCUGGCUUGUACUUGGGGCUGGGGCUUCCCCGAUUGGUCUGCCUGCUGGCCUGCCCCAGGGGUGGGUCUGGCUGUUGGCCAGCCCAAGUGGGGCCUCACUGCUGGUCAGCAAUGGGGUCAAGGCCUUGCUAGUGGCUUGUUCUGGGAGUGGGACCACUGGGGUAGGGCCUUGCUGA